CGAGAGCCGCAAUAUGUGAUAGCUGCAUAUCUGUACGGGAACAUUCAAGGUUCCUAACUCAAAAGACAAGUCCUGUCACUCUCCUUUUAACCCAGUCCUUGUCGCAUCAAAAAACAAAAUGCCUUCAGACUUAUCAGCAUAUCUCGCUUCUAAAUACUUGGUCGCCGACCCAAAACCAGCGAAGAAACGGAAGCGCAAGCGCGGCGCCGAUGCCAAUAAUGGCCUUCUUAUUACAGACGAUGACGAUUCAGGUUGGGGCAACACCAAUACGCAACAGGAUGACGAGGGAAUAGAUGCUCCGGUCACAGUAUCGGGGCGAUCUGCUGAGUUUCGAAAAACCAAGAAGAGCAAUUGGAAGUCAGUUGGAGGCGACGCGACAUCAAAAGAUGAUUCGGCUGCGGCUGCGGCCGCAGACGCGAUUCUAGCAUCAGCAGCAGCGGAGCAAAACGCAGCUCGCGAUGAAGACGAGGACAUGCCCAUUAUCGAAGAUGACGAAUCAGCUGUCAAGAUGAGCGACGGAACACAUGCAGGACUGCAAAGCGCAGCAACUGUUUCAGCGCAACUUAAACGGCGGCAAAAAGAAGAACGCGAAGAGUUCGAACGGCACCGCAAAUCAGCAAAGGAGGAAGAAACAGUAUAUCGAGACGCCACGGGCCGAAGAAUCGACAUAUCAAUGAAGCGCGCCGAAGCACGACGUGCCGCUGCUGAGGCAGAGGAAAAGGAACGCCUGGCCAAAGAAGCUCUCAAGGGUGACAUACAGCUUGAGGAGGCUCGUAAGCGCCGAGAGAAGCUACAAGAUGCCAAGCUUAUGUCAUUCGCGCGUACGGCCGAUGACGAAGAAAUGAAUCAGGAAUUGAAAGAACAGGAGCGCUGGAACGAUCCUAUGAUGCAGUUCAUGGCCGAGAAGAAGCAAACAGACACAGGACAGAGCAAAAAGUCAAAACGCAAGCCAGUUUACGCUGGCGCAGCGCCACCAAAUCGGUACGGAAUCAAACCAGGCUAUCGCUGGGAUGGUGUCGAUCGCGGCAAUGGUUUUGAAGCUGAGAGGUUCAAGGCACUUAACCGUAGAGAACGGAACAAGGGACUUGAAUACUCUUGGCAAAUGGAUGAAUGAACGGGUAGAGUUUGAUGCAGAUAUUCUAUUAUAUACCCAUUUUAAGCGCUAAACUAAUUGACCUUAUCCUCCAUAAGUAAUAAUCUGAAUGACAAGAUGUAUACUGUUGUUGGAUUCCGAUA